CACACGCUCAAUCCAACCACGUAUCACGAUGAGAGAAAUCGUCCACCUUCAAGCUGGCCAGUGCGGAAACCAGAUAGGUGCCAAGUUCUGGGAGGUAAUCUCUGACGAGCACGGCAUCGACCCAACAGGAACCUACCAUGGCGACUCCGAUCUCCAGCUAGAGAGAAUCAACGUCUACUACAAUGAGGCAACUGGAGGUAAGUAUGUGCCCCGUGCUGUCCUCGUCGAUCUGGAGCCCGGUACCAUGGAUUCCGUACGAUCCGGUCCAUUCGGUCAGAUCUUCAGACCCGAUAACUUUGUUUUCGGUCAGAGCGGAGCCGGUAACAACUGGGCCAAGGGCCACUACACGGAAGGUGCCGAGCUGGUUGACUCUGUUCUCGAUGUGGUCCGCAAAGAGUCGGAGAGUUGUGACUGUCUCCAGGGCUUUCAGUUGACCCACUCUCUGGGUGGGGGUACCGGAUCUGGAAUGGGUACCCUUCUUAUCAGCAAGAUCCGAGAGGAGUACCCCGACAGGAUAAUGAACACCUUCUCAGUCGUCCCUUCACCAAAGGUAUCGGACACAGUUGUUGAACCCUACAACGCCACCCUGUCUGUCCAUCAGCUGGUCGAGAACACAGACGAAUCCUUCUGUAUCGACAACGAAGCUCUCUACGACAUUUGCUUCCGAACACUGAAGCUGACCACCCCAACAUACGGGGAUUUGAACCAUCUGGUCUCCGCCACAAUGUCUGGUGUGACCACCUGUCUGCGAUUCCCCGGUCAACUCAACGCUGACCUCCGCAAACUGGCUGUCAACAUGGUACCCUUCCCUCGUCUCCAUUUCUUCAUGCCCGGAUUUGCCCCUCUCACCUCCAGGGGUAGUCAACAGUACAGAGCUCUGACGGUCCCAGAACUCACCCAGCAGAUGUUUGACGCCAAAAACAUGAUGGCCGCCUGCGAUCCACGUCACGGCCGUUACCUGACCGUGGCUGCCAUGUUCCGUGGUCGUAUGUCCAUGAAGGAAGUCGACGAACAGAUGCUGAAUGUACAGAACAAGAACAGCAGCUACUUUGUCGAAUGGAUCCCCAACAACGUCAAGACAGCUGUCUGCGACAUUCCUCCACGCGGUCUCAAGAUGUCAGCCACAUUUAUCGGCAACAGCACAGCCAUCCAAGAGCUGUUCAAGCGAAUCUCCGAGCAGUUCACGGCCAUGUUUCGUCGUAAGGCUUUCCUCCAUUGGUACACCGGUGAGGGUAUGGACGAGAUGGAGUUUACUGAGGCCGAGUCCAACAUGAACGACUUGGUGUCCGAGUACCAGCAGUACCAAGACGCCACGGCCGAGGAGGAGGGAGAGUUUGAGGAGGAAGAGGGUGGUGACGGUGAAGGAGAAGGAGAAUAUUAAUCUCACGUCAACAUUAGAGAGCGACAGAGACUAUGCAUGGGCAAUAAUAUAACAUGGCUCUUUUUUCACCUCAUCACUAGGAAGUCACAGAGACCGUGCAUUGGGAAUAAUGUGACAAUCUCAUGGCUCUUAUUUAACUUCACCACUAGAAAGUGGCAGAAGCUGUCCGGCUUUCUGGACACUGGGAAUAAACUUAAUGUCAAUCUCCCUCAAACCUCUAAUCUUAAUGCAUGAAUACUAGAGAGUGAGCUUUCUGGACAUUUUUGCAAUAAAUGGAAAAAUCCUCUUCUCUGGGAUGUUGUUGACAGUUGCAAUAAACCAAUUUCACCUGACAAAUAUAUAUAUGUAGAAAACCUCUCCUAUAUGUAGUGGAACUCCCUUUCGUGGCAUUUAUUAUAAAAUAAUGGUUCCUUAUCCCUAAUGUUUUUUCAGGCUCCAAGAUCAG